CACAAGCUUUAGCCCUGUCCUAUCAUCUGGGUUAGUCAUUUAUCGACGGAUUGAUCUUUCGAAUAAAAAGAUUGAAACAAAAUUCCAAUGGUUGCAAUGCGAAGAUGGCAACACAGCUAGGACUGCUGAUGCUUUAGUCGGCUUCCACCGGACGACCAAAAUAUUCGAGCGACGUCGUCAGUUCGGACAACCUCUUCCCCCCUCUCCUAUCUGCAAUCAAGGGGGGAAUUCACUUUCGCGCACAAUUCUGCUCGAAAUGCUGAGCUGUUUUGGUGGAUCAAGAAGGCGCCGUAGGAAUAGUUUGGCUCAUCUAGAAGCUCGAGAUGCUGGAGAUAGUUCAAGUGCAACCACAAAAAGUUUCACAUACUCGGAGUUGAAAGAAGCAACAAACAACUUCUGUCAAGUUAGUAAGAUAGGAAGAGGAGGUUUUGGUAUUGUUUACAAGGGAACUCUACGGAAUGGCUUACAAGUGGCAGUAAAAGCACUUGCUGCGGAAUCAAAACAAGGGGUCCGCGAGUUUUGCACAGAGAUUGAAACUAUAUCAAAUGUAAAACAUCCAAAUCUGGUCGAGUUAAUUGGUUUCUGUGUUCAUGGUGACAAUAGGCUCCUCGUCUAUGAAUAUUUAGAGAACAAGAGCCUUGAUCGAGCAUUGUUUGGUCAAAGUAGGACUGUUCACUUGAACUGGCUAACAAGAGCUGCUAUAUGCAUGGGAACUGCCCAGGGUCUAUCUUAUCUUCAUGAGGCUUUGGUACCACAUAUAGUGCACAGGGACAUUAAAGCCAGCAAUAUAUUGCUAGACAAAGCUUUUACGCCAAAGAUAGGUGAUUUUGGGUUGGCUAAGCUUUUCCCAGAUAACAUGACCCACAUAAGUACCAGAAUAGCAGGAACAACUGGUUACCUGGCACCUGAAUAUGUGUUAGGGGGUCAGUUAACAUUAAAGGCUGAUGUCUACAGCUUUGGUGUCCUAAUUCUGGAAGUUGUUAGUGGGAAGAGCAAUUCAAGUACUAAUUGGGGAGGACAACAGAAAAUACUUCUUGAACAGAACACAUAUUGUGUGGCUUAUAAGCUCCUGGAACAAGGAAUACGUUUACUCCAAGAGUAAACAAGAAUUUCUCUUCAACUUUACCCCGUAUAAUAGGAAUAAAACAAUGUAAAAAUAAAUGUGUCUCAUAAUAGGCAUGGCAGCUGCACGAAGGGGGCAAUCUGUUAGAGCUUGUGGAUCCCGAGCUGGAUCGGUUCCCAGAGGAGGAAGUCAUGAAGUAUAUGAAGGUUGCGCUUUUCUGUACCCAAGCAAAUGCAAGACGUAGACCAAUGAUGAGUCAGGUCAUCGACAUGCUAUCCCGAAACAUCAAACUAAAUGAGGAAGAACUGACUCCACCCGGUUUAUUUCAGGAUCCUGUUAGGCUGAAUGUUCCCCAAAAACAGAAUGUAUCUGACAUCUCUACUAGUCAGCCUAUGAGCUCUGCCCCCUUCACUAUCACUCAGGUGAGUGCUAGAUAAAAAUAAUUACUGCACACAGGAAUCAUAAAGUGAAAAAACCAUCUGGAACAUGUAUAGACAGCGGGCUUCAAUUUGCACAAAGAAAAGGAGUCUGCAGUAGGGUGUUGUUAUACAGAGAGUGCCAUGUUAGGCUGAUCAUGUUAUUAUUAUCAUUGUUAUUAUUAUUGGGUGAUGUUCUAUUCUUUAUCUCCUUUUGUCUUUCUUUUAAUUAUGGCUUUCUGUAUAUGACAUUGAGUGAAUAUACAUUAUAUUUACUUCAUUUCUUCACUUUGCUUUAUCC